UCCCUCUGUGUAUUAAAGAAAAAGUAAACAGAGAUGACUUCCUUUAUUCCAAAAGUCAAAAUCAUAAGAGUGACGUCACGACAAUGAGGUCAUUCGAUGAUCGACAAAGAUCUCCACCGUCAAUAUAUUAUUUCGUUUUGACGAGAUCGACCGUUCAUAUCCUCUCACCGACGCCUCUAUAAAGAGAGUUUCUUCCCCGAAAUAUACAGAAGCAACCUAAUCUUGUUCUGAGCCUAAACGACGCCGUUCAACGUUUUCUUGUUUGGCUUAAAGAAACAAAAAAAAUGAGUUCAUCUACGGUGAUGAGAGAUGAACGGCGAGAAGAAGAAGAUAACGGAAAAGAUGAAGCUGUGAUCCGGACGGUGACGGAGGAAGAGGUUGAUGAGUUUUUCAAGAUAUUACGGAGAGUACACGUGGCGGCAAGAACGGCUGCGAAAGCUAACGUCGACGGUGGUGAUUUGUCAAAGAAGAGGAAACGGAGUCAGAGUCUUGGGCUGAGAAACUCGAGGCUGGAGGAUAACAGUAACGGCGUUGUUCGUGACGGAGGAGAGUUAGAUGGGAUUAAACGGGUCGGGUCACAGGGUUUGGAUUUGGAUCUUAACUCUAAACCGGAACCAGACGGCGUUAGUUUGUCGUUGUAGUAGUCGUCCUUCCUUCCUUCCUCAAAGUUUUUUUUUUUUUUUUACU